AUGUACAUACACACAGACACAUGUACACAGACACAUGUACAUACACACAGACACAUGUACAUACACACACAGACACAUGUACACACACAUACAUGUACAUACAUGCAGACACAUGUACAGAUACACACAUGUACAUACACACAUACAUACUGUAUGUACAUGCAUUCACAGACACACACAAACACACACAGAUACAUGUACAUACACACACACACACACACAUGGACACAGCCCUAUAUAAAGUUGCAGUAGUUUGUUACCUUCACUCACAGAGCCGGGUACUGCAC